UCAGCUUGGCAUUGGCGCUCGUGGAUAGGUCAGUUCUCGACCAGAAUCGCGUGUCUACGGAACUACCCGAGCUGAUAUUCGGUCGAUAUUCUGACAAUGGAGAACGAGAAUGUAUAAAGAUACAUUCUACAUUCGCGUUUAACGUUGUUUACGUGAAGAGUCAUGCGCCAAGUGAUAGUUAAUUUAGUUCACGUUUCGUUCUCAUAAAUUAACACAGGAAAAUGGAUUUGAGAUGGUUUUUGCUGGCGCUCUUUUUGCUCGGCUGCUGCUUUUCACCUGGACUGUCGUUCAACGGUGAAAUGGCCGAACAAGAAUGUCCAGACGAGUGCGAUUGUCAUUACUUCCGCAUCAAUUGGGUGACAGAUUGUUCCGAUAGCAACUUGACUGAAAUACCUUACGACGAACUUAGCAUGAACGUAUACGUUUUGGACUUGAACGACAAUUUGAUAUCAGAAAUUGAACCGUUCCCGCCAGACAUUAAGAUGAGGCGGUUGCAAAUGGCAGACAAUCGUAUGACUGAGCUCAAAAAGGAAUCUUUCACAGGUCUGCAUUACUUAAUAGAUGCAGAUUUUUCUGGAAACGCCAUUACCAAAGUAGAUCCUCACGUGUUCGACGACUCGGCUGGCUUCAUAACUCUCGAGCUGCAGAAUAAUCCUUUAGAUCCAGUGGAAGGCCCGUUCUUAUCGAUAAGUACGCUGCAUUACUUGGACAUAAGCAACUGUUCUAUCGAGACAUUGAACGACCACUUCUUCGACAAUAUAUCUGCAUUGGAAACCCUGGACCUAUCGGAAAAUCCUCUGAAAGUUAUAAAUACGAGAUCUUUCGAACCUCUUACCAGUUUAGAGACUUUGAAAAUGAACCACUGCAACUUAACGACAAUUUCCGAAGACGCUUUCCUCGCUCAGCACAAUUUGAAAACUCUCGAGCUCAGUGGAAAUUAUUUUGUGCGUGAAACCAACUGGGAAAUUGUGUUCUCCAAACUGACGCUCCUGGAGAACUUGGAUUUGCGCAACUCACAUUUUAAUCACUUGACAGCGACGCUUUUCGACCAGAACCAUUAUUUGAGGACCCUGAUUUUGGCGGAGAACGACUUGUCUGAAUACGACGUGGGCGAUACUGUGAAGAACUUGGCGAAUUUGGAGACGUUGGAUUUGUCCUACUGCAAUCUGACUGUACCCCUUUCUGAAGAUACCUUCGCCAAUGCCACGAAGAUUCGCAGUUUGUAUCUGUCAGGCAACACGUUGUUCGCCUCUGAUUUACUGGUAGCGCUAUCUCCGCUCACCAACCUGCAAAAACUGUCUCUGAGCAAAUGCGGUUUGAGGCGCUUGCCGGAUACGUUCCAUAAAUUCAAAAGUUUGCAGGAGUUGGACAUAUCUCACAAUCCGCUCAACGACGCGUUUGUGAAAUUAUUGGCCCCGCUGGCGACUCUGGAAUACCUAAAUAUGGGCUACAGUAAUUUGUCGUAUUUAGCGCCGACGUCUUUCUCGAAAAUGACGUCGAUACGGCGCCUCGUUUUGUCAGGCAACGACCUAAACAAUUUGGAGGCGGGCUUGUUCGGAAACUUGACCCAUCUGGAAAGUUUGGAACUGAACUUCUGCGGCCUGCGCCGUCCACUUAACGCCACUCUCUUUUUCAACAAUUUCACCUACACGGACUUGACGGAACUUCAGCUGGCCGGCAACCCUCUUCGCGUGUCAAAAACAGGGCCGCUGCUCCCUAAACAACUAUCCCGGCUACAAACUUUGGACCUGAGCAAUUGUAAUCUGACCUUUUUGCCACCGGACGCCUUCUUCUGGACCAGAAAUAUCACUACGCUUGUGCUGGCAGGAAACCACUUUAAUUCCCCCAACGAUUUCCACUUUUUGGAGCUCCUACCGAAAUUAGAAGUCCUGGACUUGACUUAUAACAACCUGACGAGCUUCGCGCCCAAGGAGAUCGAGUUUAAUCCUCAAAUCAGCCGGCUCAAGUUAAUCGGAAAUCCCUGGAAAUGCCAGUGUUCUGUGGCGGAUCUUUGGGACUGGGCUCACAUGGAGAAAGGGGAUUUGAGCAUUCUGGAAGGCUCGACCAUUAGGGCGUCCGACGUCACCGUAGGCAAACUCAAACGCAAACGUCUUCUGGUGUGUAACUACGACGGUAGAGUUUCUCUGCCCAUCAUCAUGAACAAGACAGCUCCGGGAAGAAAGCCAUUCAAACAACAACAAAGAACCAUCUCGGCAUCCAACCGGACAUGGGCUAAAUAUGUGAGGGAGUCGGGUUGUGAACCUUCUCCUGUAUUCUUACACGCCAGAGCAACGAGGUCUGUGGGCUACAUAAGCGCAGAGGGAGUGCACAUGAAGUUGGCCCAACACGCUCCGAAUACAUGGGCUUCUGCUAUAAUUAACGCAAGCGCCAUAUACGCCGUUUUAAUUACAGUGAUUGGAGUUCUAUUCGUGGUGACGAAGAACAGAAUCAAUGCCCGGCACGCUGAUAAAAAUAAUUAAGAAUAAUCGUAGAUUACAGUAGAGUAGCAAACGAUGUGAUGAUUGAUAUUUAAUUCCGAGUUUUUUCGAUUAAAAUAGAUAUUACUUUUAAGUCUGCCAAUAAUAUAUUAUAAUAUUUUUAUUUGCUAGUAAAAGACUGUUUGUUUAGACUCAUUGUUAGUUCAUUUGUAUUAUAUUGUGAUGUAAAACCGUUUCUACCCAAGUAAUAACAAAUAUAUGUAGAUUUUUCGUUA